GACAGUUAUAGGAGCCGUUGCAAUCGAAAAUUUGAAAUUCCCGGUGACAACAUGGAUCCCUUCUUGCCAGAGGAGCUGCUCUGGUUCGCAGCUCCUCCUCCUCCCCAACCCCAAGUGAAUUGGAGCAGUUUUGUCAGAUACACAAAACCCUCGGAAGGAUCACGACCGGAUGAGAAUUCCAUUUCAAUUCCUAGAAACGAUAGGAACAUGCAUAAGAGAAUGAUCGAGUUGUUGAGAGCAAUUCCAACUGCCAGGAAGGAAAACAGAGAGAUUGAGAACGAUCGUAGUUACCGUCAUAUGAUGAAUGAGAGACUCAGGAGAGAGAAGCAGAAGCAGAGUUACGCAGCUCUGCGUUCCAUGCUUCCUCCUCAGACCAAGAACGAUAAGAACUCCAUCGUUCAUAUGGCAGCGGCACAUCUGCAGGAGCUGAAGAGUGAAAAGGAAGAGUUAAGGAGGCGAAACCAUGAGGUUAAGACAAUCUUAACAGGGAAUGAAGACAAGAAGAUUAGAUUUCGAGUAAAUAAUCCGUCUUCCGCGGUUGAUUCUAUGAUUGGGGUACUCAAACAUUUAAAAGACAUGAACUUGCAAGCAAGAACGAUCAGAUCAAAGUUUUCUGCUCAAGAACUUUCAGCAGUAAUAGAAGUCGAAACACAGAUUGAGGCGGCGGAAGUGGAAAAAGAAGUGCAGAAGGCUCUGAUGGAAGUUGAAGGAAAGUUCGGAACUGAUUUCCUGGAAGGAUAGUUUUGUUCAUCGAGAGUUUGGCUUUAAUUUUAUUGAUUAUCAGAUCUUUGUCGU